AUGAAAAGAAAGCGUGGACCAUAUAACCAAUGGACUGACAAGGAGCUCAAUCUGGUGUGCUAUCUUCGAUGCAUCCGUCAUUGGCCCUUUUCAAAAAUCCAAAAGGUGAACUUUCCACUACUUUCCCAACACGCAGUUGGCGCGGCCUAUAGGCAUUUACCUCCGGAAGAGCGCACACGCCGGGCGCUCUCUGCUGUGCCCGUCAUUGCCGAGUCCCUGCGCACCACAGGACGUAACUCUCCAAGUCAAACGCAGCCAGAGUUCUCAAAUCCGGAACGGGGACCAAUUCACCCUAGCUCCACAAAUAUCGAGAUCGAACUUACACCGUCGACCUCAAAUAGCAAUACCUCAAACCGGUACAAUCUCCGACCAAACAGACCGACAUCUUUCGCAGAGCGAAAGCCACAAUAUAUGGUCGACCGCGUCCAUUUUCCUCACUUCUUCGAAUCGUAUAGCGAUCAUCUCAAGCCAUACGACCUACUGGACAGUGAAUACGUUCCCCUUUCGCAUACACCUACCCCAGGCUCGUCGGAAUAUUCUCACUCCGUCAACUCUACUCAACCAAGUGAGGCCUCGAGUCUCGAACUAUUUGGUCUGGAGCCUCGAUCUCCUGAACUAUCGGACUACACGCCUUCUGUCCACUCAAUUCGCUCAAGUGGCUCGUCAAGUGCCGAAUUCUUUAGCACCGAAGAGCCUUGA